CUUUAAAAACAACAUGGUGGCCGGUAUAAAUCAUCUAGAUCUAGGUAUCUGGGCCUCUUAAGUCUUUAGAAACGAUUACCCUAGUAAAGUAGAUCUUUGUUCAGUCAAACAUUGAAAUACAUCAUGGGUCCUGAUGGGCUUCUCUUCAUAUUUUCAUUAUUGGAUGAAGCAGCGCUUUUGCUUCUUGCAGUUUAUUUUGUGAUCACUCUUUCUGACUUGGAGUGUGAUUACUUAAAUGCAAGAGUAUGUUGUGACAAGUUGAACUAUUGGACAGUCCUGGAGUUACUGUGUCAUAAUGUUCUUUCACUUUUGUUACUACUCUGUGGACAUUGGUUAUUGUUUCUUAUAUACAGUCCAUUGGGUCUCUGGCUAGUCUACAAAUAUGUGAAGAAACCAUCGGGAAAUAUUGGAGUGUUUGACCCAACAGAGAUACACAACCAGAAGCAUUUGAAAACAUACAUGAGGGAAAGUUUGGUGCGGCUUGGCUUCCACUUAAUCUUCUUCUUUGUUUAUCUUUACUGGAUGAUUUAUUCGUUAGUUCAAGGUUAUUGACCCACAAGUGAGAGGCUCGCCAACACAUUAUCAUCUCUAUAAACAUUUAUGUUCCGUUUGUUUACACUAAAUUGGAUUUAUAUAUGCAGGAUUACUGCACUGUACUUAUAUUUUGAAGUUGUAUGUUGUUGUCAAGCCUCUUUUUUUAUGUUUAUGUGCAAUUUAUAUUUUAUAGUUCUGGCAUUCUGCCAUGUUAUUGUCAUUUGUUUUUUAUUUUGUAUAAUUAAGGUCUUUUACACUGUCAGUUCUAGCCAAAUAUGUCAGUAUUUGUAAGGGUCUAGUGAGUGACUUGUAGAAAAGAUGGUGGAGUUUUAGGCUUUAUGGCUGAGGGAGAAAAUACUGUUUAAAUGUAUGUUGUAUCAAUAAUGGUUUGCAAGGAUACAUGACAGGCUUGAAAUAAAUAAUGUUUAAAUGUAUGUUGUAUCAAUAAUGGUUUGCAAGGAUACAUGACAGGCUUGAAAUAAAUAAUGUUUAAAUGUGUGUUGUAUCAAUAAUGGUUUGCAAGGAUACAUGACAGGCUUGAAAUAAAUAAUGUUUAAAUGUAUGUUGUAUCAAUAAUGGUUUGCAAGGAUACAUGACAGGCUUGAAAUAAAUACUGUUUAAAUGUAUGUUGUAUCAAUAAUGGUUUGCAAGGAUACAUGACAGGCUUGAAAUAAAUACUGUUUAAAUGUAUGUUGUAUCAAUUAUGGUUUGCAAGGAUACAUGACAGGCUUGAAAUAAAUACUGUUUAAAUGUAUGUUGUAUCAAUUAUGGUUUGCAAGGAUACAUGACAGGCUUGAAAUAAAUAAUGUUUAAAUGUAUGUUGUAUCAAUUAUGGUUUGCAAGGAUACAUGACAGGCUUGAAAUAAAUAAUGUUUAAAUGUAUGUUGUAUCAAUAAUGGUUUGCAAGGAUACAUGACAGGCUUGAAAUAAAUAAUGUUUAAAUGUAUGUUUGUAUCAAUAAUGGUUUGCAAGGAUACAUGACAGGCUUGAAAUAAAUAAUGUUUAAAUGUAUGUUGUAUCAAUAAUGGUUUGCAAGGAUACAUGACAGGCUUGAAAUAAAUAAUGUUUAAAUGUAUGUUUGUAUCAAUAAUGGUUUGCAAGGAUACAUGACAGGCUUGAAAUAAAUAAUGUUUAAAUGUAUGUUGUAUCAAUAAUGGUUUGCAAGGAUACAUGACAGGCUUGAAAUAAAUAAUGUUUAAAUGUAUGUUGUAUCAAUUAUGGUUUGCAAGGAUACAUGACAGGCUUGAAAUAAAUAAUGUUUAAAUGUAUGUUGUAUCAAUAAUGGUUUGCAAGGAUACAUGACAGGCUUGAAAUAAAUAAGGUUUAAAUGUAUGUUGUAUCAAUAAUGGUUUGCAAGGAUACAUGACAGGCUUGAAAUAAAUAAUGUUUAAAUGUAUGUUGUAUCAAUAAUGGUUUGCAAGGAUACAUGACAGGCUUGAAAUAAAUAAGGUUUAAAUGUAUGUUGUAUCAAUAAUGGUUUGCAAGGAUACAUGACAGGCUUGAAAUAAAUAAUGUUUAAAUGUAUGUUUGUAUCAAUAAUGGUUUGCAAGGAUACAUGACAGGCUUGAAAUAAAUAAUGUUUAAAUGUAUGUUGUAUCAAUUAUGGUUUGCAAGGAUCCAUGACAGGCUUGAAAUAAAUAAUGUUUAAAUGUAUGUUGUAUCAAUAAUGGUUUGCAAGGAUACAUGACAGGCUUGAAAUAAAUAAUGUUUAAAUGUAUGUUGUAUCAAUAAUGGUUUGCAAGGAUACAUGACAGGCUUGAAAUAAAUAAUGUUUAAAUGUAUGUUGUAUCAAUAAUGGUUUGCAAGGAUACAUGACAGGCUUGAAAUAAUUAAUGUUUAAAUGUAUGUUGUAUCAAUAAUGGUUUGCAAGGAUACAUGACAGGCUUGAAAUAAAUAAUGUUUAAAUGUAUGUUGUAUCAAUAAUGGUUUGCAAGGAUACAUGACAGGCUUGAAAUAAAUAAUGUUUAAAUGUAUGUUGUAUCAAUAAUGGUUUGCAAGGAUACAUGACAGGCUUGAAAUAAAUAAUGUUUAAAUGUAUGUUGUAUCAAUAAUGGUUUGCAAGGAUACAUGACAGGCUUGAAAUAAAUAAUGUUUAAAUGUAUGUUGUAUCAAUAAUGGUUUGCAAGGAUACAUGACAGGCUUGAAAUAAAUAAUGUUUAAAUGUAUGUUUGUAUCAAUAAUGGUUUGCAAGGAUACAUGACAGGCUUGAAAUAAAUAAUGUUUAAAUGUAUGUUUGUAUCAAUAAUGGUUUGCAAGGAUACAUGACAGGCUUGAAAUAAAUAAUGUUUAAAUGUGUGUUGUAUCAAUAAUGGUUUGCAAGGAUACAUGACAGGCUUGAAAUAAAUAAUGUUUAAAUGUGUGUUGUAUCAAUAAUGGUUUGUAAGGACACAUGACAGGCUUGAAAUAUAUGUCACCCGUGUUUGGCCUUCACGAUGUUUAAAUUUUUUUUAAAGAACAAAAAAAUGUUAAUCUUUCUCCAUAGUUUCUCUCACUUUAAGACAUUUAUAUAUAAAAAUAUGUUUAUCACAUUCAUCUGCCCCUUAGUCUGUUGGACUAUUGGGCACCACACUUAAUCUGACAACUGUCUUUUGACAGGAUUAUAGUUUCUUCCAGAGAUAGGCCUAUCCAUUCCUUAAUGUUGUCCUCCCAUCGCUUCCCCUGUCUUCCUCGCCUUCUUUUUCCUGGUACUGUUCCCUACAGAAAAGUUUUUGUGAGCCCUGAGGUUUUAUUUAUAGUCUUAACUUGCAUUUUUUUUUUAUAGUGGUCAGAAGGUCAUCAUUGGGUUCCACCAUUGUGAUCCUGUUUCAAAUUUCCACACUUGUAAUGAGGUCUUUGUAAUUGAUACCUAGAAUCCUUUAUGUAAUAUCCUAUUCCAUGGCUAAGAUCUUUCUCUCUAAUUCUGCAUUUAGAAUGCAAGAUUUGCAUGUAUACAAGAAUGUCAACUUGACCAGGGAGUGUCUGUCUUAUCUUUGUUCAUGCCUUCAUCUUUCCAAAUGGUCUUGAGUUUCACAACUGAUGCUGUAGACUUUCCAGUACUGGUCAGCAAUUCAGGUCUGCUUCCUUCACCCGAGAUGAAACUUCCAAGAUAUUCUAAGCUUUUGACAUUGGUCAGUUUUUCACCUCUGAUCCUACAGUUACAGCCUUGUUCUCUGAUGGUCAUUACAUGUUUUUUUUUUUUCUGCAUUUAAUGGUAUUCCUUAUUCUGCAGAAGUCUUGUCAAUGCUCAUCAUCAAGUCAACUACCUCUUCCUCUCUAUAAUGGGAUGUCAUCAAGGUAGUAAUUUUCUGCCGCCAGUGCUAACGAUAUUUUUGUAAAUAUAUACUUUAGGAAGACUUUCUCUUUUUAAGGCUAGCAUUGUUCAUGUGUGUGCAUUCUUGCCAAAAUUUUAAUAUUAGCAACUAUGACAUCUACUGACAUUUAUGCAUGGACAGGCAGGGUACAAUGAGUGUAAGCACAUAAUCAUUUUGAAAGAAUGUUUGUAAAUUAUAAGAUAAGAUGAGCUCGUGAAUAAUGACAUUGCCAUUUUUAAAUAUGUUUUUUCAUAUCAAGUCUCAGUAUUUUUUUAAAUUUCAAAACUGAUUUUGAACUAGCCACAGAUUAUCUGAUUUGCAGCUGUUGCCUCCUUGGUUUAUAAUGGGUGCGCUGUAAUGAUACUAAUGAACUGAAAGCCUUUAGAUCAGUUGAGGAGCUAGGCUAUCUGAUUUGCAGCUGUUGCCUCCUUGGUUUAUAAUGGGUGCGCUGUAAUGAUGCUAAUGAACUGAAAGCCUUUAGAUCAGUUGAGGAGUGGAAGCACUAAACAAAAAUUAAGAAAUAUACAUUUUUUUUUAAGUCAAAAAUAUUUAUAGGUAGUAAUAUAUUUUAUACUUGACAAGAAAUAAAAAAAUAAGUACUUGUAAAUAAAAAGUAUGAUUGCUCCAUUGUAAAUCGCACCAUUUACCUAGAACUUAUUCUGUUCUUGUUGCAGUGCACUCAUACUAUUGCAAAUUUGUACACAUUAAAUUUCUUUUUGAAAGUGUGACAGUUGGAUAUCAUAGUACAAUCAAGGUUAGGAUACGGUAUCAGUUCUAGGCUGUUACAAAUGUAAGAAACACAUCCUUCUGGACAUAUCUUUUUUUCUUCAAAGCAUAGGUGACAAUUAUAGAGUCCAACAUUUAUUAAUUACUAAUAUCUCAUUAGGUUCAUUCUUGUCAUUAAGGUAGAUGUUUUUGUUUUUAAAGAUUAGUUGUGUAUUUUUAACUACAUGUUUAAUAUGGGAUCAAACAUAUAAAUAAAGAGAGAAAGAGCUUUAUGAAGAUAUUUCACUGACUGUGCAUAUGAACAAGACUGACUACCACAGCCUUGUUAUACUUGCUUGCAGUGAGGCAACAGAAAAAAAAGGUUCAGUUGCCUUUUGGUAUUUUUUGCACGAUUUUUGUUUGCUGAGUACUUAAAAGCAUUGUUAUAAAAGUUGAUUGGUAACUAAUAUUUUUUUUUUUUUUAGAUGUGUUUAUACUUUUCAUAUUCUAGAAGCCUAUAUUACAUUGUGUUCCAUCGAAACUGCCUCCUCAGAAUAUUAGGCAUUGUUUACCCUAUCUGCACCUUAAACUAGGUCAUACCUCAAUAUUGCUUUAACUCUUUCUCUCCUAACUGACGAUACCAGCGUUGAUUCCACCAAAAUGUGGUAAAUAAUUACGGAGAGAAAGAGUUAAAAAAAAAAAACUUCUAUUGCAAAACAUGAUCUAAAAACUAUCUAUAGAAAUCUAAAAACAUCCUGAUAACUAUCAUUUAAAAAUUUUACCUUUAUUUUUAUUUUAUUUUGUUCUUUUGAAGUGAAUUAGUACUUAUCUGAUUUCGUAUUUAUUAUUAUUAUUUUUUUUCUAUUCUGUUGUUAAUCUUGCUGUGUCAACAUGUAUGAAUUUCUACAGUGAAGUGUUUACCCCAUUGUACACCUUGUACACGAUGUUCAUUUAUAAAUAAAAUAUAUUGCUUUCAUUUCA